ACUGCUUUUCUACCGUCAAUCUUGGCAACACUCCUCCCCGGGUACACUUGGGAAAAGCGGGCUGUUUUUCUUGCGUAGCAGUUUGUCGCGACGGAAAGUUGAACGAUCGCUGGAUCGUUUGUGUGGCAGUGCAUCGUUCGGCAGUGUAUGGUUUGGAUUUGCACGUUUGGACGUAUGGAUUAGGAAUAUUUGUAGUGUCGUUUAUGAACCUUGUUUGGUGCAGUGAAAACAUUAAAGUAAAAUAUCUCGGUGGAUAUAACCUACUCAAAGGCGGAAGCGGAGAAGCGUGCUCAAUCGAAAAGAUUAUAACCGUGUAACACUUUGGAUCGUUUACCAACUGCCCUGUGUUUGCGUGUUAAUUUUUUAAACUGUGCGUUUCCAAUCUUACUGACGAGUGAUUACACCUGAAGCAAGAACGUAGUAGUUACUCACCGUGUGUUGAAAGCGUGCGUUGCGUUUUGAUCAGUGCUUGCUAAAGAGAAUAACAAAUUGGUUUGAAAGCUUAUUAUAAAUCCAGUGAUCAACUAACAGCAGAAAUCCUACCAAACCAAUUCUGUGCAAUUUGGUAGAACGAUUGAAAAUCCUCAACUCUGUUUACUAAACUAAACAAGAACUUGCAGCCAUUUUCCCGAGCCGGUGGACUAUUUGUCUUGGAAAAGUGCUUCCUUCGUCCGAUCUCGGAACGAUCUGUCGCUCUCUGGAAGGGGGAGGCCUGUAAAAACCCGAUUCAAGAUACCGGCUCCAGCAUUAUUAUUCCUCCCGCCCAACCAACGUGAAACAAUGUGGAACUGUUGAGACCGGCCUAAAGUGUCUAAGCGUCACCUUUCAACCUCCGUUCCCUUUCGUUUUUGUGCUGCAAAACUGCACCCCAUAAAAGACGCCCCCUGCCGUGGUUCGUGCGACCCCCUGUGUGGCGAAUAUAAUUACCGACUCGUGAAAAGUGUCACUCCGGGUUGCGCAUCGCCCAUCCGAGCAUCCGAUUCCGCAUCCAGGUGCAAAAUGGUGACCUGUCAAAAGUGGUUGGUGCUGGCGGUAAGCUUGCAGCUGCUAGCGCUGGGAACGUGGGCGAUACCAUCGCCCGCCAGCUCGAAGCGGACGGAGGAAGCGGCACCAGCGGCCACCGUGCAGCUGGAUUCGGACACCGGGGACGAUCGUGAGCUGAAGAGCGACGACGACGGGUACGACUUUCUGUCGAUCGAUCAGCUCUUCCUCAACAACCCGCAGUACCGGCAGCUGAUCAGCGAUCUGCAGGCCCACACGUUCGGUAGCAACUGGCGCCGAAAGCGUGAUGUUGCCGAAAACGAACUGCCGGAAGCGUUUCGCAGCGACGAAUCGCUAAGUUCGCCCCGCGCCUCAACCGUACCCUCGACGACGACGACAACGACGACGACGACUACAACGACGGCAAAGUACACGACGAGCGCGGCUGUUGCUUCCAGCACGGCAAACGAACCGCUCGUGACCGAUGUCGGCUCCAACCGGGACAUGGCAGCAGCUUCAUCCACCGCUUCCGAAAUGCCGAAAGCGGCCGCCCUCACAAGCACACCGGCAAAAUCCAAGGAAUCGCCCAAGGAGGCAACAAAACCGUCCACGGCCAGUUCGACCGCGGGAACUAGCACCACUGCAGGCACCACCACCACCACCACCACCGCAGCAUCCUCCUCCGUCACGUCAACGUCCGUGCGGGGAAGCUCGACCGUUGCUACCAGCGCCUCAUACGGUUCGUCCGGUUCCACGGAGGCUCCCGUCGCCCGCAAUGCCACGCUGGAAAUGACGACGGCGGCAGCCCCGAUCCGUGCCAGCACUCCGCGACGUCUGUCGCACAAAAACAGCUCGAACAAAAACAAGAACAAGCUUACGGCCGCCAUGGCUGCGGCUGCCCAGGCCAACAAACCGACGGGCAGCUCGGGCGGCCCCGGACCGAGCACGGUCAACGUGAACAAGGUCAGUGUCAGCAGCAACGCGGUGGCAAGCAGCAGCAAUCAGCUGCCCCAGCAGACCCCACCAGCUGUAACGAUUCCGGCAACGGAAAAUGGUACCGCGUCCGGACCGGCCGGCAACAAUAAAGAUAAGACUGGCCUCGCACCCACCAAGUACCAUUAUUACCCACACAAUCAGCAUAUAUACUUCCUGCCCGAGUGCGCCAUCCAGCAGGUCUGCAAUGCUGUAUACGUGCGUCUGAACUACACCCAACCACUGUGUGCCUGCCCGCCGAGAUACCGCGAUCCAUGCUCGGCUAGUCUGAACGAGGACGACAACCACACGAUCAAGCUGGUGGGCAAUCAGCAGAAGCGCGCCAUUACGCUGGCGAAGACGUGCGAAAACACGAACGAGCUGCGGGACUGCCGCGCCCCGAAGGACUGGUCCAUCCUAGCGCUCCAGAACACCCGGACGGGCAAGUCGCACUAUCUGGUGAUCUGCAAGUGUCCGCCCCACUAUCGGCUCGAGGGACCGCUGGCGCACGAUCAGCCAACGUACGCCGGGCUGCCCGGUAUCAACGUGUACGGUAUGCUGUGCGUACCGCCGGAAACCUCCAGCUACUACGCCUCGAAGCCGGCGAAGACGCCCGCCAGCAGCACGUACAACAAGUGGAAGGUGCCGUCGCGGCAGCCCGUCUCAUCGUACCGUGCGAACUCUGCCGCCAUCACGGCCGCCACCGAGGACACGCAGACCGAGUCGGUAUCGUUCCGGACGUACCAGAACAUCACGGACGGCACAGUGGGCAGCGAAAAUUAAGGGCCAGAGGAUGUUACAAUCCGUCAGCAGACAAACACACACACAAAACGACAAAAAAACCCCAUGGGGAAGACGACCACCCUUGUCCGCUUUUAGGGAAGCUAUAGUAAGGGGGUAGCGGAUACACAGGCGACUGUCCAUUCCUUCCAUAUGUUUUCCCCCCCUUUCUCCAUUAUGAUCAUCCACCUGCAUUAGUUGUAAUACCUUCAUAUACUUUACAUGUAGCUCGCUCCCAACGAAACUGGCCAGCCUGGUUGGGCGGCCUUGGGUUUCGGACCCGCGCUCCCUUUAUUUAUUUAUUGAUCAAUACGAUUACUAGCUGUACGGAUAUUCCACGUGUCUGCGGCCACGUCCAGUAGUGUUACAAACCUAGCCGCACUUUUAAUCCGCGCAAAUCGCCAAGCCGCUACAUACGAAAACAGUUACACAUCGGGCGCAUAAAACGGUUCCGGAUCGCGACCACGCACCGGGCCGACGCCAUCCGGGAAUCGUUUUAUCUACCGAUUCCGAUGUACGGUACAACUUUAAGGACAGGAUUAAGCAAACGGUUUGCACCCUGACUGACUGACACGUAAACAUACAGCAGCAGCAGUAGCAGCAUUUGGGCGGCUUAGGCUCCGGCAGCGAACGGGAAACUCAGCCAGCAAUCCGAACACGAAUCCACGAUUAUCUCGUUCUUUUCAUCGCUACUGCGCCCACAAGGCCUACUCAAACACAGUCACCGGGACUGGAAUGAGGGAGGGAGAAAGGGGGAGAGAGGGAGGAUGGAUUUUUAACCGAAAAAAACACACGCAUACACACACAAAUGCAUGUAAUAUUUAGCAAUCCUCCGAUUUUAGGAGCGCAGCAGGCUUUUACUAUGCUUCACGUAACAUGGCGACCAGUGAUGGAAAGAACGAGGUGCGUGUGUGUGUGUGUGUGCAAUGGGCAAAUGUUUCCCGCUUUGGAUGCUGCACGCGUUCUGCCCCGCACAUUGCUUUGCUAAUCUUGCUUAUUUAUUAUCAUUACUUUAUUCGAGACUAUUUAUUGCAAACUCUUAUCUUUUAAUUUAACCACACACCAUCAUACCAACCAACACGCGCACACGCCCGCGCUCGGAAAAGGAAAAUGGGAAAUUGAUCGGGCAAUAGUAAUGCCCGCAUCCGGGGUUGACCGGGUUUGUUUUAAAAGGAAGCGGUUUUUGUAUUACCGUAGAGAGAGAACAUUCUCUUUUUUUUCUUAGCCUGCCAGUGUGCUGCAAUGCUGGUUUUCGAGUAGACAGUUUGGGAGGAUUUGUAUCCUCUUUAACUGUGUUUUUGUUCUUUCUUUCUUUGUAAAUAGUAUACGAUUCCGCGUAAAAUAAAGUAAAAAAAAAACAGAAAAGGAUUCUAGAGAGCGGAAAGCGCGUUGGUAAGCAUACACAUUAAAGAAUGCUCGAAGAAGAAGCAUCGCGAAAGGUGUGUUUGAGUUCGGUAUAGAGCGGAGCCGAACCGAAUUUUACUGGACACGUUUCUACCACUAUGAUUAUGCACACACACA